GAACAUAUAGGUCCUGAGCUAAGCACAGGGGAUACAAAUGCAAGCAGAAAGAUCCUGUCUUCAAGUAGCUUACAUUCUAAUGGGAAAAUGCUAUACAUAAAGAGAAGCUUAAAAGGGGUGAGCGAGGGGUGAAAGUUCGUGAAGACCUUGCUGUUCUGGGCGCCCAGCAUAGUUAAAUUGAGGUUCUGAAAGGAGCCAUCUAGUUUUUGGGAGAGACCACUGGGGCUGUAAGGUAAGUAUUCCUAGACUGAACUAUUUAUGUCUGAAAAAGAGAAGGGUAAUGUAGUGGUAUUAGUUGACCAAUGGAAUGAAUCUUGGGAUUCUAUAUUCAUAAGCAGCUUGACAUCCUCCAACUAGACAGGGGAGCGAGGAUUCAGUCUAUUUCUAAGAAGUCCUGGGGUAGAGACCUGGAAGGAGCCUAAGAAGAUGGAAUAUUAGUGUCGGGAAGAACUUUGGAGAGAACCAGAAGGGGUCCUAAGGUUCAUCUAAUCCAAUCUGUUCGUUUUACAGAAAAAGCCCCAAAGUGGGAUUCAUCCUCCAUUUCCAAUUAAUAAUAGAGAAGGGUUGCAGCCUUAAGUCUCCCAGCUCCCAAGCAGGAGAGGGAUGUUUUUUACUGUUUUCCCCUAUACCCAAGUUGUCAAGCACACAGCCCACACUGAACCAAAUUAAAAUGCAGUUUCAGAAUGAUUUUGAUACAUUAGUUUUUUUAAAAAUACAAAUAUGGUUUUCUAAGUCAAUCCACAGAUUUCCUAGAUAUGAUUUAGUGGCCUCCUAUUUCUGUUAAAAUUUGACUAGACUGCCCUGUUAAUUAUGUAAAGACAGGGCUAGGGAUCCUGCAACUAUAACUUCAUUCUCAGAAUCCCCCUGAGGAGGGUGGAAAUGAGCAACACCAGGCCACAGGAGCUUCCAGUUGGUAGCAGGAAAGUGUCAAGAUGGAGCUUAAGGUCAGUUAUCCAAGAGGAAAAUAGGGCAAUGAUCCCUCUCACAGGAGAGCUUCCCUGACACAACAGAAGUCAUAAAUUUUCUAUGGAGAUUGGCUUAACUUUUCUCAGCUCCUGACACCAGCCAAGCAAAGUCUGAGUCCCCGGGGUGCCUGGAUUUCAGGCCAGGGGUCUGAAUAGUCCUGAGGGUUUCAUUUUAUUUGUUUUUAGGGAAUCCGAAGGCCUUCCUACGGUGUCUGCUUUCUGUGUUUGAGUCCGAGUCGGAAUAUUCUUGGGUCUCUUUUUCCGGUGCUUAGAAGGGCACGUCGAGGCAGGUAAAACACAAGGAGAGCCUGGAGUCACGGACCCUUUUGUUGGCAGCCGGGUGAAUGAAGCCUGAUCGCUGAGAAGUUUUUGUUGAAGAAAAUGCGAAAUUUCAGAUAGAGAUUAGGGAAAAUGAGGAUGUAUUUUUGCCUCCCCACACAUGGUCAAAAUGUCCUGCUGAAAUCUUGUGCGGGGGAGGGGUUAGGGUUAAGAACCCCUGUCUUAGUGACUAGAUCCUUCAACCUUUGCUUAACAGGGAAGUUAACUGGGCUCCAGAGAGGCCUACGGAGGCCCACAGCGAUGGGGGGGGGGGGGGGGGCAAGGCAGGCAGAGCAUCGGUCCUGUCUCUGACUUAAGUCCGGUCCGGCUCCAAUACUGGCGGCAGAUUCCAUCCCUCUGUUGCUGUGCCUCAGUUUUCCUGCCUGUGCUGUCUCCCUCCUCCAUUAUAGAUGUCUCUAUUACAGAAAUUGCAAACUGCAAGGCGAGGGGGAGAACCUUUCCCCUCGUGCCCCGGGCCUAAAGGUCAGGGUGGGACUAGACUGGGAUGCAGGACGUGACAGGGAGGGCAAGGCGAAGCUCGGGGACAUCCUGCCAGGAAAGAAGAGCGCUUGCGCCCCCUGUGCGAAGCGGGGGGAAGAGUGGGAGAAUACGCACGCGCAAUCACCACUGAGGGGGAGGUUCCGCUUCUAGCUCCCCCCUUUCCCUCCUCUAAUUCCAAGGGGGAGAUGGAAAGACUUAAUUUGGGGAAGAAAUUAUGAGGAAUGGGAAAGGGAAAUGAGGGGUGGGGAAAGAGUAAAAAAUGAAGGGAGAGAGGCGCAAGUGAGGUGGAGGGGAAGGAGGAGAGGGGAAAGGGAAUGAGAAGGGAAAUGAGGAGGAAUGAGAGGGUAGGGGAGAGAGAGAAUGAGAAGAGCAGAGGGAGGGAAAAGGAGGAGGGAAAAUGAUGGAUGAAGAGAAAUAGAGAAGGAGGGGAUGAGGUAGCAGGAAAGGGGCAGGGCAGAAGAGAAGGGGUCACGAGCCGAGGAGCGAGGUCUGCGCACGCGCACCCGGAGCUUCGGGAAGACGGGGAGGAGGAGUCGCUUCCUGCUCCGAUCUAAGUCCGCUCCCGCCUCCUUCCCUUCGCGGGCCUCCCCGACUCUCCCGAAGGGGGGAGGGAGAAGAUGCUGGGAGGGAGGAGGAACGAGAGGGAGGAGUGAAGAGAGGAGCGGGAGUGCGCUCAGGGCGCGCGGGGCCGGAGCGCGCGAGGCCACGGGGGCGCGCGGGCGGCCCGUGGCUGCCUCUGGGGCUCGGUGCACUGGAGCCACCGCCGCUGCCGCCGCCUCGGUCGCUCCGGCUCCGGGCCCGCGUCCCCUCCUCUAGGCCGCCCGCCCGCCCGCGUCCUCUGGAGUUUUCGGUGCCUUGUUGACAUUGUGGAACUUAGAAAAAGAGAUCUGCUCUUAGGGGACAAUGCUAAGGGACGUUAUGAAGUCUUGGAGUGACAGCCAGUCAGAUCUCUACAGCAGUGACCAAGAAGAGGAGGAAGAGAUGAUUUUUGGUGAAAAUGAGGAUGAUUUGGAAGAGAUGAUGGAUUUAAGUGAUCUGCCUACCUCACUUUUUGCAUGUAGUGUACAUGAAACUGUGUUUGAGGUGCAAGAGCAGAAGGAGAGAUUUGAAGCACUUUUUACAAUCUAUGAUGACCAAGUUACAUUUCAGUUAUUUAAAAGCUUUAGAAGAGUCAGAAUAAAUUUUAGCAAACCUGAAGCAGCAGCAAGAGCACGGAUAGAGCUUCAUGAGACCGACUUUGAUGGGAAGAAGCUGAAACUGUAUUUUGCACAGGUGCAGAUGUCCAGUGACCCGGGAGACAAAGCCUACCUGCUGCCCCCGCAGCCCGCCAAGCAGUUCCUGAUCUCCCCGCCCGCCUCCCCUCCUGUGGGCUGGAAGCAGGGGGAAGACGCCAUGCCUGUCAUAAACUAUGACUUACUCUGUGCCGUUUCCAAGCUGGGUCCCGGAGAGAAAUAUGAGCUUCACGCAGGGACCGAGUCUACUCCAAGUGUGGUGGUUCAUGUCUGUGAAAGUGAGACUGAAGAGGAAGAAGAAAUGAAAAAUCCCAAACAGAAAAUUGCCCCGACCCGGCGUCCAGAAGCACCUCCAACAGUUCGCAGCGAGCCACCAGCCUUUGGCUGUGCACUAUAAGGGCGGCCGAUCUGAGCAGUGACCUCCCGUGGCUUAGUGACGAAGGGAGGGUUUCUGCACCUGCGACUGGUGUGGGUCAGGAGGGUGCGAGGGGCUGGAGAUGCCGUGGCUUCCACAGUCCUGUCCUGCUCUGAGAGCCACGUAUGUUAUACAUAGUACAGGUAACAGCAGAUUUACUAGUGGUUGUCUUUCAUGUUCAGAAUUUUAGGUGAGAUUCUAAAAAGCACUUUACUUUGAAGAAUAGUACCCCAAUGUAGCAUCUCUGACAUAUUUUAAUUGUGGGAAAUUAGGCAGUUGGUUUUAUUUUUUCCAGCAAUGUUAACUUCUCUAAUAUGUAGCAUGGGGUACCAAAAACUGGAACUAUAUUCACCCAGUACAGUACCAUUUUAUGGAUUUAAAGAUAUAGUCUCUAGUUUAACAGUUCAGCGUGGGUAUUUUUGUACUGGUAUACUAGCUUCUAACAAAUAUAUUGAUCAAAUGUUAAAUGCUAUUCAGUAUAUACUAACAUUUUGCACGGCUAGAAAUCUAAUAUCUAGGAGAAUGGCCCAUUUCAAAGUAUUUUUUCCUUCAACUUUUUGGAAAGAAGUGUCAAAUUCACAUUUAAUGAAUGAAUUUGACAUCUUUCCAUGUGCAUAUUGUCAUUCUUUAACCUUAACAGAGUCUGGAGGAAAGAGAGCCCCAGGCCCUCCUUCCCAAUGUACAAGCCCUUGGGGGGCCCGCUCCCUGGUGGCCCCUUUCAGAGCGGGACACCUGCCAGUAGGCACGAUUGACUGUGGGGUCAGAUGGCUAAUCAUGGAUGGCCACCUGCACCUAACUGUGUUCCUGUCUGACAUAUUUUCUAUUGUAUUAACCACUGGUCCUCGAGACUGUUCGUUGUUGUGUGUUUGCUCAUGUCUGCCUAUAGUCCAGAGAAAAGGAGAUGAUUGAUGUUCUGAAGGUGGUUUACAAUCUGAAAACAAGUUCACAUACUCUCCAUUUUCUGUCUCUGAGCAUGAUGGGGAGAAGAGAAAUCAGCUGACUCUUCACCUGUGCAUCAGGGAUGGAGCCUUGUGUUCGUUUGUGCACAACGUGGCUUCUCCAUCGUGCCCAGAAUCCUCCUAAGAGGGAGCCUCUCUGAGCGUGCUCCCCAGAUGUUCUGGCACCUGUGCUAAUGAUAGUGAGAUAGGUUUUGGUGGGCUUCUAUUUCACUGCAAGGUUUUGUUUUUUGAUCUCUCACGUGUCCCUGGUCCUUCCACAUUCUGAAAUGUUUAUUAAACAUGUGUGCACACACACACAUAUUCAUGUAUGUACUUCUGGAAUUGAUCAUUAUUAAAUUCCAAUGUAAAUUUGGUGGAACUAUGUGAUUAAUUAGCAACUUUUUGGAUUCUGAUCAGCAUUUGGCAGUUUAUUUGGCAACCAGUUAAUGAAGUCACUUUAUAAAUCUGAAUUCAGAAAAGUUCCAGUUACUGCUCUUACUCACUAGACACCAGUUUAGAGCUGCAAAAUGAGUCUUCUAAGGAAGGAAACAACAUGUAUUUUAAAUCUGCUUAAGAUUAUUUUCAGAUUCCGCACUAGUAGCCAUAAUUAUCAUAAUUUUCCCAAUAUCCCCAAUCCAUGUAAUCAAUACAAUUGUUGCUUUAGUUUUCAUUCCACCUUGUCCCUCACCUGCCAGUUUUAAUAUGUCCUAUCAAUGAGAUAUGAGAAAUUUUGUAUCUGUGCAGUCCCAGCUGCCCACUUUUCCUCCUUUUUUGAGAAUGUUAGAUGAGUCACAUACAUACACACACACACACACACACACAAACAAACAAAUGAAUUCUUUUUAAACAAACUACCAGCAAAGUAUUGAAGGAAGGAAUCAUCAUGAUCUACACUUGGAGAGGACAUUGAAUCCAGAAUCCAGAGGCUGGAACCCAGUCCUGUCACAGAGAUCCCUUGUGUCUCCUGAAGAUGGCAUUCCUCGUCUGUAAAAUGAAAAGCUUUCUGAGGUCCCUCCCAGUGCCAGUGUUCUAUGUUUUUUGUGAGGGUGGCACAUUGACAAUUCCAGGGCAUAUUUUUCACGAAGCGAAUGUUUUAAAUAAAAAUUAUCCAUGCCUUUCAGUUUCUCACUUUUGGAAUCACUUUGUAACUUCUGCCUUUGGGGCAAUUAUGCAUCCUGGUCACAUAACUCUUGAAAAAUGAGGAACUCUCCUAUGCACCACUUAAUAUUUUUUAACUAAAUUCCUUCAACAUUUUUGCUAUCGAAAUUGUAUUAUUGUAAAUCAAAUUAACGUUUGUACCCAAGUCUGAGUAACUUUAAUGACCAUGUUUUCUUUGGAGUUUAUAAUCUCUAUAGCUUAGAGAAUUCUGGGAAAGAAAACAGUGCCUUGUGAGGAAAGGAGAGAAGGAAAGUGAUUGGUUUUAAUACAGAAAUUGGAGUGACCAAGAAGGAAGCUACCCUUCCUGCCCCCUUUUGUUCAUUCACGGGUGGCAGGUGCCGUUGAGGAGGGCAGAAGCCACCCAGGGCUUCUGAGAAAGGAAAAAUGACCUCAAAAUUGUGGGUGUUGAAGGAGUGUUUUCAAGGAGACAAUGUCGAGGUCUCCUGGCCCAGAGGCUUUAUGUCCCUUUGUCCUCCAGAGAUCUGCUUUGGCUCCUCUGUGGGUGGGCUCAUGCCAGCUGUGCCAUGGAGGCCUCUGAACAGCUGCUUCUCACCAAACACACACUGCCAAAAAGCGCAGCACGAAAUUACCCGAUUUUCUUCCAAAGAACCCUUGAAAUCCUCCCUGAAUAAAGCUGCACAAGAGGAAAAAAUGAAGCCUGACGCUCUUGAGACCACUUGGUGCCAUGGAAGCCAUUGAGUCCUUGGCACAGGGUGCAUCAAAGAGGGCACGGUCUGCCCUGUCAUGGGCCACAGUGCUUUUGACUCACGAGCUAGCUUUCCAGUUUGGUUCAGUCCUGUGGAAUUUAAGGGGCUCGCUUAUCCUCUCCAGAGUCAGCCAUACCAGCAGUAUGUAUUGGUCUUUGUAAUGAGAUUUUAAGAUAACUAUUAUGCUUAAAAUCUGUAUCUAAUGUGAUAAAAUAAGACCCUGAAACCAUGUGGAAGUCUCUCCAGAGCCCAACUUACAGCUUUGUGCUUUGGAGGGGAGGGAGGGAGGGGAAUGAUCAAUGGGAAUCAUGAUAGAUAAUAAAGCAAGGAUCCCUUUGGGACCAAGUAUGGGGGGCUGCCCAGCAUCCCUUGGCCUUCUUAGAUUGUGGCUUUAGUCGGAAGGUACGCACUAGUGUACAAAAGCAAUAGGAAAUCUGAAAUCCAAAGCGAUCUCCUGGUGCUAUUGUUCACUUUAGCUUUUCUGUUUUCUCGAGAGUUGUGCACCUUAUGUUGUGUGACAUGAAUUAAACUUCUGUGAACCGCUUUAUUUUCCCUGCUUUGUAUAGUCCCAUCUGCUGGGAGCACAUGUUGCAUUUAAUUUUCUAGUACUGAAAAUCCAAAUUUAUAUUGGCUAUAAUAAGGGAAGAGAGGGGAGAUCUGGCCAGCUAUUUGCUUCUUAUCUAGACCUAUCUGUGUAAUAAUAAACAUUCACCAAGCAGUCAAUGAAUGAUUGAAAAUAAGACUCAGAUUUGGCCCAUUGUUUAGAUACGUUGACUCAAUAGCAUAAUUUCCUUUCUGCCAUAUUGUUUGCAAUGAAUUAGGCAUUUUCUGUAAAUGCCAUUGUUUUGCUUAUUGAAGACAUGUUUUAGAUGCCCAGGAGACCUUUUAUAACCAGCAUAGGUUAAAGCCAACUGGAAGAGAGUAAUCACUAGACUUAGUGAUCAAAAAAGUACUGGAACUUAUGUUGCUCAGAGUAGAAACUAUCCCCCAGGAUUGGGAAUGCCCUUCCUCCUGAGCGAAGGAUCCUUGGGUGAUAAAAACCAUGACUUUCCUGACUCCCUGCUGACUUAGUCCCCUGGAAUUUGAGCUCUUCUGGGCCCGUAUCUCUCCUUCUGAAAUCAAAUGAGCUAAUAUUUAUAAAGCUUAGCACAGUUCCUGACACACAGUAGGCACUAUAUAAAUGCUUAUUUCCCCAUCCUUCUCCCUUUCUUGAAGUAGAAUCCUGUUCCCAGUGAGUUCUUGUGCUCCUUGAAGGCUCUUUUCUUAAAUGUACAUCCUCAUUAUAAUGAAAGGCCUGCCUGUUCACAUAGUGGGGGGUCUUCCCUAUUGUUUGACUCAUUGAAAGCUUCUGAUAGCCAUGAUUUGGGAAUGAGACAAGGAUUAGAUAAAGGCAGUCAUCUUGUCAUUGGUGUGCCAUAUGAUUUCUCUCUUACUCUUCCUGUAGUUUUUCAAAACCAGAAAGAGUAUUUACAGGAUUUACUGAUGUCCAUUUCCACUGCUCAUCCUGUCCUAAGAUAGUCCCUGCAAAAAGAGAGUUCUCUUUAGACUGUUUUGCCCAACCUCUGCUUCGUUUCCCUACACAUGACCACCCCAAUCUCUAACUUUGUGUGUUGAGUAAUUGUUUUCCCUGAUUACGGCUUUGAGCUUGUGUUCUGUUUUAGAGGCCCUCCUUCCCUUUAGGGUCCUGGGAGAUAUGUUGUGUGUCAUUAACUUUAAAAGACCAGUCAGUAAUCUGUACACACUGUCUACAUUUUAGUGUCCUUGAGGUGAUGGUCUUAAUUGUAGUUAGUCUUGUGUGUUAUUAACAAUUAUUGAGCAUACUAUGCUGCAAGGACAGUUAAUGUACCUUGUGCUGUAAAGAUAGCAAAAGCAGAAUGUAAUUCUUUUGGAAGCUUCAUGAUUCCUGCUAAGAAAUUAUUUGUUUUUCAAAACUGUAAGAAAUAAACUUAAUUUUUUAAAAAUAA